AAUGUGAUGGGCUUUAGACUUGCUAAGAGUAACCGACCCUGGACGUUCACCCAGCAAAAAGGGACGUAAAAGCUCAUUUUCUCCACAGCAGGCACUUCUCUACAGCUUUCUAGUUCCUAGGCCUCUCCUGCAUGAGUGUUUUCCACCUUCCUUCCAGCCUGUUUGCACCACUGACCUGGGUUGAAUGCAUGGCUGACUGAACGGGCAGUGGAUUGUGGAGACGCAUCACCAUGGCGCUCGGUGCAGCAUGGGGCCGGGUGAAGAAUGUGUGCCAGCAGAACGGCCUCCUCAUCAUGUCCGUGAUGGCCGUGGUGGUCGGCUGCCUGCUGGGAUUCUUCCUGCGCUCCAAACACCUCUCAGAGCAGGAAGUGAAGUACUUCCAGUUCCCUGGAGAGCUGCUCAUGAGGAUGCUGAAGAUGCUCAUCCUGCCUCUUGUCGUCUCCAGUUUGAUGUCGGGACUGGCAGCCCUGGAUGCCAAGUGCUCCAGCCGGCUGGGCAUCAUGACCAUCUCAUACUACCUGUGGACAACCUUUGUAGCCGUAGUUGUGGGCAUCGUCAUGGUCAUUAUCAUCCACCCGGGUGGAGCAGCACAGAAGGAGGACGCAGAGGACAGCGGAAAGCCAAUCAUGAGCUCAGCGGAUGCACUGCUGGACCUCAUCCGCAACAUGUUCCCUGCCAACCUAGUGCAAGCUACAUUCCAGCAGUAUCGCACCAAGAGCAUCCCCAUCCUGAAGCCCAGGCCUACAGUCAGCCAGGACUUGAUGGAGACCACCACCAGGCGGGUUUUCAUCUAUGGCAUCCAGGAUGACAAUGGAACCGACAUCCAGAACUUUUCUCUGGACCUGACGCCACCUCCAGACGUGGUAUUCAGGACGCUCCCAGGCACCAGCGACGGGAUGAACGUCCUGGGUAUCGUCAUCUUCUCAGCUACAAUGGGCAUCAUGCUGGGGAGAAUGGGACCCAAUGGCAGCGCCCUGGUCAACUUCUGUCAGAGUCUGAAUGAAGCCGUGCUGAAAAUUGUUGCCAUUGUUAUCUGGUACUUCCCGUUUGGGAUUGUUUUCCUGGUGGCUGGGAAGAUCUUGGAGAUGGAUGAUCCCUCAGCCAUGGGGAAGAAGUUGGGCUUCUAUGCCAUCACUGUCGUCAUGGGACUAAUUCUCCAUGGCCUCUUCAUCCUGCCUUCCAUGUACUUCUUCAUCACCAAGAAAAGCCCCAUAGUCUACAUCCGAGGCAUCCUGCAGGCCCUGCUCAUCUCACUCGCCACUUCUUCCAGCUCUGCCACACUGCCUAUCACCUUCAAGUGCCUCCUGGAGAACAACCACAUUGACCGACGCAUCAUCCGCUUCGUGCUGCCUGUGGGUGCCACCAUAAACAUGGACGGAACGGCGCUCUACGAGGCCGUGGCGGCUAUCUUCAUCGCUCAGGUCAACAAUUAUGAGCUGGACUUUGGCCAGAUCAUCACCAUCAGCAUCACAGCCACGGCGGCCAGUAUCGGUGCUGCAGGAAUUCCUCAAGCCGGUUUGGUAACCAUGGUGAUUGUACUGACCUCGGUGGGCCUACCCACAGAUGACAUCACGCUCAUUAUUGCUGUGGACUGGGCCCUGGACCGGUUCAGGACCAUGGUAAACGUGAUGGGUGACGCUCUGGCCACGGGGAUCAUGGCGCACAUAUGUAGGAAAGACUUUAUUAAGGAGGGUGAAGAGAUCCCUCUCAUUUGUGAAACUAAGCCCAUGAUCAGUAUCCAGCAGAUGAUGUCCUACCAGAAAAACGGCUGCUUCCAGCCUCCUCCACCAGGCCCCCGAAAGCAGGAACCGCUCUCUCCAGACGUGGCCCGCCUCAUGCAGCUGGAAGAAGGCAUCAGGCCUGCGGACAAGAAGAAAUCCUCGCACUUGUCGCCGCGUCACAAGAGGGAGAACAAAGACCAGGACCACUGCACCAUCGACAUGAAUGGCCUGGAGACCAACGUCUAGACUUCCUCAGACCUGCUGGGCCUGAGAAGACGGUGCCUAACGUGCAACCUCCCCCUCCGAGUAGUAAAAGACACGACGGGCUGCUGGGACAGAAGCGUCCAGCUGUUCGUUUAGGUUUUUUGAUGUCCAUAAUUCUUUCACAAUGCAAGUGCGAGUGCUGCCAUUGGUUGGAUCUCCCGGGUAAGAAUGUAAUUGGACUUUGUAGGCUUUAAGGAAACGUCAUGAAAGCAGGGAUCGAGGGUUGCGGAACUCUGGACCUACCUCUGGGAUCUACUCUGGCCGCUCAAUAUCACAGAGCAAUUAUCGUGGGCUCAUUCGGCUGAGCCCAGUCCAGGCCUACCCAUAUGGGGAGUGGUCUGUAUACGUUGUGGGAGUGCCACAAGAGGAAAGGACUAUUGGUAUGUCAGCCCACUCAUAUCGAACAUGACAGCUCCUGCUUGGGACAAGGCCAAACAAGAUACACUAUUGUUUUUGUCUUAUAAAGAUAUGUUGAAUGAGAUAUUUCAUACGUUGGUGACUGUUUUUUCCACUUUUGGGGGGAUUUUUAUAACCUUUUCAUUUGUUGGCUCCUCUGUUACAAAAGGACGAACGACUGGUCUUCUUGAAGUGGGCUACUGGGCGGCUGCAGGCCUCUGCAACCUCAUGCCUGAAGAGCUACAGUGUUUGCCGGCUUUUGUUCCAGUCGAGUGGAAUAAUGCCAUAGGGGUGUUGGAAUACAGUGAUGUACUGAUCCACAGGGUUGAGUGACGAAUGAUUAAAUGAAUGUAUCUUAGGUUAAUUAAAUUACUGCAAUUUGGUCAUAAUAUAUUUUAUGGUUAUAUGGCAAUAAGCAAAACUGUUGAAUUGACUAAUGUACUGUAUCAUAAUAAGGCGAAAACGAUGUAUCGCACCAGCACCGUGAGUUUCGAAUCUGCAUCAUGUCACUGUUAAGCCAAUGUUUGCUUGUUUGCCCAUUCGGAAAAAAAGUUCUGCUUCUAAUACAGAAAAUACAACCAGGUUAAUUUGGAACAAUGUACUGCAAACACAAGUUCUUCGGGAAGACGGUUGCCUGCACUGCAAUGAUGAUGAUGAUGAUAUCUAGCAAGUGAAACAAUCUUUAAUCCAGU